CAGUUUCGCUCUGUGCUUCGUGAAGUGCGCGCGUGUUUCAAAAUGGCUGCGAAUGUACCGAUUAUUUUGAACAACGGACGUACUUGUCCCGUGUUGGGACUGGGGACUUGGAAAUCCAAGCCCGGUGAAGUGGCGCAGGCAGUGAAGGAUGCUAUCGACGCCGGCUACCGACAUAUCGACUGCGCUCACGUCUACAUGAACGAAAAGGAGGUUGGGCAGGCAUUGAAAGAAAAGUUCGAUGAAGGAGCCGUAAAAAGGGAAGAUAUUUUUAUCACAUCAAAACUAUGGUGCACCUCCCACCGCCCGGAUCUUGUGGAGGGUGCCAUUAAGACCACGCUAAGCAACUUGGGAUUGGAUUAUUUAGACUUGUAUUUGAUUCAUUGGCCUCAAGCUUUUAAGGAAGGAGAGGAAAUAUUCCCCACAGGAGCUGAUGGCAAGGUCAUUCCGUCACCUGUAGACUUUGUCGACACUUACAAGGAGAUGGAGAAACUGGUAGAGAAGGGUCUCACAAGGAGUCUUGGACUUUCAAACUUCAAUAAGAAGCAGAUUGAAAGAGUUUUGGAAGUCGCUUCGGUAAAGCCGGUGAUGUUGCAGAUCGAAGUCCACCCAUAUCUAAACCAACAAAAACUGAUCGACUUCUGCAAGCUCCAUGACAUAGCGAUCACAGCAUACUCUCCACUUGGCUCCCCUGACAGACCCUGGGCCAAACCUGACGAUGUGAAGUUAUUGGACGACCCAAAACUCAAGGCUAUUGGUGAUAAAUACGGAAAGAGUUCCGCUCAAGUCCUUAUCAGAUAUGCCAUCGACCGCGGCCUCAUAGUCAUUCCUAAAUCGGUCUCCAAGAACCGUAUCGUACAAAACUUCAACGUGUUCGACUUCCAACUGACCCUCGAUGACAUAAUGGAGAUAUCUUCCCUUGAGUGCAACGGCAGAAUCUGUUCCAUGGGAGACACACACCAUCCAGAUUACCCAUUCCAUGACGAAUACUGAAAACCAUCGCUGGAAGUCUUGAAAAUGAUGCGAAAUCGGUCACUAAGUUAGAAAUUCCAAUAAUCAAUUUUGAACCUUUAACGCAAUGGAAUAUGGUUAAACAUCUACUAAAUAAAUUCGUGACUUAUAGGCCAUUUUCGCUACUUUGGGAUUCGGACAAGCAUUCCUAAUUUAUUUAUUUAUUUGCUUAAGAAAUUAUGCAUUUUUGUGAUAUUUAUAAGGAUUAUUCUGAUUUAUAGUGAGCAUAUUAGAAAUAUGCCACUUUUAAGUAUCGCACAGUGUGUUGUGUGCAAUUUUAAUAUACACGAUUUAAAAAAAGUAAUCUUAUAUACUACAUUUUCUUUAUGUACACUUGUGUUCAAAAUCUAAUUUGUCAAUUUUCAUAUAGCACUGUUUUAACAGAACACAAAAAGUUCGUUAAAUUGUUUUAAGUAAUUUUCCCGUGUCAAUAAUUUUCUGCUAAUUGUUAAUAGAAUUUAAAAUUAUCAAUAAAACUUAAAAAAAUA